ACAGUGGAUGAGAGAAAGAGAAUCAUUCAAUCGGUGCCCUUUCAAUGUGUGGUGUGGCCGCCUGAGAGCCUCUUCUUCCUUAUCUCCUCCAUGCAUCCCUCCUUGCUUUCGUCCUUUCUUCCGAGCUGCUAUUAACAGUUCCUGAUUCCACCUCUUGAAUCGUCACCAGAAUCAGUGGCUUCCUUUGCAGGGGAGGCAAGCGAAGGUUGGUAGCUUUUGGAUGAGAAAUAUAAGAGCAAUGGAGUGAAGAAAAUCAAGAGUUUCAAGUCUUAAGAGACUCGCCAAUGGUGUCAUGAAUUGUGAUCACGAUGAUCUCUGGUGUACAAUGCUUCGUCAUCCUCCUCCAUCGUUUGCGUGAAGAGCAUGGUCGUGUUGAGCCGUCAAAGGUGACUCACUAAGAGGAGGCUGAUGCUGAAACCGGGCGCCGGCGGAGGUGAGACAGAACAGCCGUCUCCGGCCGGGUGGUGGCAGCCGGAGCUGAAGGUGCCGGAGGUGCUGUUGUCGGAGAGCGUGAAGAGGUUGCAUGCGUCCAUCGAGGAGGAAUGGGACUCCGUCGAGCGCACUGCAUGCCAGACGGCGGCCAGCAGGGCACUGUGGAAGCACGUGAUCCACGACCCCCUGGCAGAGAUCCUCGCCGGCGAAAAGCACCUGAGGAGCUCGCAUGGCAAGAUGAUGGCCGACAGGCUCAACAACGCCCGUGAAAUCUCUGGUGUAAUGCUGGCCGUCCGCACCCUCUGGUUCGACUCCAAGCUCGAAGCCGCCGUAGAGUCUCUGAGGGCCUUCGGCGAAGCAGAAACUCAGGUGGUCCUCCUGGGAGCUGGGAUGGACGCGAGGGCCUACCGCCUGAAGUGUUUGAAGGACAGCAGCGUCUUCGAAGUGGACUCGCAGAAGCUGAUACGGAUGAAGGCGGAUUUACUAAACGCAGCAGCGGCGGCGGCCGAGCAGGAGGGGAGUUUUUGGCCGGAAGUAAGGUUAGAAGCCAAAAGCCUGACCAGGGUGGGGACUGAUAUCCGGGAGGUAGACUGGUUGGAGACGCUUCAGAGGCAUGGCUUCUCUCUGCAGAAAGGCACCGUGUGGGUGCUGGAAGGCAUCCUCUACUACCUGCGGGAACCGCACGCCAUGCACGUCCUCCGGUGCAUCGCCGCCAACUGCUGCGUCGCUCCCACCGUCCUGCUGGCGGAUUUCAUGAACCAGCAUUCCACCUCCCUCUCGCGUUCCGCGUUCCACUUCUACAGCGACUGGCCGGAGGAGCUGCUUCCCUCCCUCGGCUUCUCCGCCGCCACUCUGUCGCAGAUCGGCGACCCUGAUGCGGACUUCGGCCUCGUGACCGAUCCCUCCAACCUGUUCAACCGCCUCAGGCGGGUGCCCAGAACGGCGGAAACCGACCCCGAGGACGGCACGCCCUGUCGUCGCCUCUACUUGGUCCAUGCCACGGGCUCCCCCACCACCUCUCCCCACGCACGCACACAUGACGGGUCGUCUUCCACCUCGUCGUCAUCUUCAACAUCAUCCUCACCAUGAUCGUAUAUAUGAUCGUUUCUGUCUGAGCAUUGUUGUCCAACCAAACUCAAUCCAACUUAUAGCACAGUAGAAUCAGGCACACACAGGUAUUGAUUGGUGGGUGUGACAUCUUCUGUUACUGCUGUUACAAGCUUCAUCGAUCAUCUUCUUCGUUUGUUGGGGAGGGGAAUCCUUCAUUAAUCCAUAUCGUGUAAUCCUUAAAAGUUGCAAGUUUGGAUUUGGAUCUUAUUCUUAA